UGAGUUGUGAUAUGACACUUGACAAAUGUCAAUUGUUACCAAUCUGUAAACAGCAUAAAAAUGAAUAUUCCAUUUUGUAGUAUUAUUUAAGAACAUUAUUCUUAUUUUUUUAAUGUGAAUGGAGUAAGAAAUAAAACACAAUUUAAAAUGAGUUUCAUAACAACGGAACCUAAAGCCUUUUCGGGGUCAGAGAAAAAUUCCAAUGAAAAGGAUACCAAUGAAGACUUGGAGGUUGACAACUCACAAAGCGUGUUGCUCAAGAUAGCGACACUCUACGCUGAGCAGCUGAUGAGUGACCUCACCUUGGAAGUGGCUGGGGUGGGGUAUCCAGCCCAUAGACUCAUACUAUGUGCCAGCAGUGAGGUGUUUCAGGUAAUGUUAAUGAACAGAGAGUGGAGUGAGUGGCGCGAGAGUCGGAUUGUACUCCAGGAGACGCCCACAGCAGCUUCAGUUUUUCCACAUUUUCUAAAGUAUUUUUAUACAGGCCAGAUAAGGAUAUCAUAUCACACUGUGCUUCCCGUGUUAUCACUUGCUGAUAAAUAUAAUGUUAAGGAUCUGGUAUCAUUAUGCCUGAGUUACAUGUCGCAACACAUCGCGCACGCGGCCAAGCGCGGGCAGCUCAUCGCCUGGAUGCAGUACACAAUGGCAUGCGGACACAAUGAGGUCGCCAAGGCGUGCCAGAACUUUGUGAAGUGGAACCUGGAGUGGGUGUGGUCGGACAGCACCGGCGCGGAGACGGAGCUGGGCGAGCUGGAGGGAGAGACUCUCGUGGCGCUGCUGCAGCAGAGCGACCUCGUGCUGCACAACGAGAUGAGUCUCUACCAGUUCGUGGUCCGGUGGCUGAACAAGCAGCGCGAGAAGUUGGACGCGAGCGAUCUCAGCGAGGCCGAGAAGAAAUCGCAUUGGGAGUCACUCGUCGCAGCUGUCUUCUCGCAUAUUAGGUUUCCAAUGAUGUGUCCCAAACAACUUGCCAAGUUGCUGCUGUGCCCGCUGAUACAGGAGCACAAAGAGUUCUUCAUGGAGAGGAUGGCGAUCGCCAUGAGCUACCAGUCAGGUCAAUACGAGCGCGUAGCAGAGGUCCAGCAAACAGAAGCCGGGCGCAUGCUGUUCACGCCGCGCCUCUACACCGAAGACACCUGGGGUUCAGUGCUUGCAGUGGACAAUUUCCACUCCCUCCCAUGCUAUCAUACCAGGACCUUCAUAUUCUCCACCAGGCCGUCGAUAGCGGACGUGUCGCCGCAGGAGAAACUCCUCGAGUGGACGGUGGAUUUGUAUCCGAAGGGAGUGUGGUUUAGGAAGAGUUUGUUGAUCGUGUGGGCCGGGACUUAUGAUGUGCCGGAGGUGGUGUUGCGAACAGUUCGAAUCUCCAUCACGUGUCAGAACAGCCCCGAGCACACCGUCAGUCCGUACGGGCUGAUCCACCAGCUGGAGCCCGACGUCAGGGUCAAGAUCGGUAUCUUAGUGUGGGGCGUGCAGAAGGGCGUGGAACAUGUCUCCUCGGUGGUGGAGCGCGUUCAUCGAUUCUCAGCUCAGAAUAGGAUGCUGAACAUCGACGGCGCCUUAGACUUCGACUCGUUGAACACGCCGCUGUACUCUCCCGCCGCCGCGCCACACGCCGCCGCCACGCAUCCCGCCUCCGCCACACAUCCCGCGCAUGCUACCCCUGCUGGACUCAACCACAAAAGGUGUUCAAAAUGCACAGAGAGCUGUGAUUUCCCCGAACCAAAGCACCUGCUGGGACCCAACCGAGAUCAGCUGCGGGUAAGUGUAUUCGAUUCAGAGUGAUAUUGCUAUACACCAUCAUCAGACGUCAAGUAGCUUUCUUAACUGCGAAUAGUGAGAUUGUUUGGGUUU